GACCGCAUCAUCCCACGGAUGCCGGCAUGAGCACCCCUCAAGCAACAGCAACUAACAGACCCGCAAGAAUCUCCAGGACCCCGAUGGAGCCUCCCUCUGAGACGACCUCUCUGCAGCCGCUGUACCGAUGCAUCCUGCAGUGGAACCAGCGGAUGCACCACCCGCCAAGGUCGGUUCGGUCACCUACCGACCAGUGCAUGCACUGCAUCCCGAUCCGUACUGGCAGAUAGAUAACAUAGACAGAGGUGCUCAUACAUGGAUUGUGGUUUCCUGCCCUGUCAGGCAUCCGCGGCCCACCUCCUCGGCACCCAGACCGUUCGGUCGGUCCUCACAGAGCCAUUCGGUUUCCGCGCGGCCUCGCUCUGUGGACACGAUGCGCCCCCGAGCAUCUCACCAUCGGCCUGAGGCAGCUGGCGCAGAUGACAAGCUGCCCUUGGCCUCUCGUGAGGCCCCUAUCCAAGCGCCGACCGGAGUGGUCCACGGCAUUACUGCGGAGCCGACGCCCGGCGAUGCUGAUCAGCAGAUGGUGCUGGCUGGCCCACCUGCCCAUGCUCGCGAACGCAGUCUGUCACCCAAGCCCUGGCGCGAGAUGCAGCGAUUGCGGGACAGAAUGCCCGUGACAGCGAUGAGACCGCCGAGCUCACACAGGGAGCAGCGCAGUGGCGUCCCGAGAAGGCCGCUCCCUCCGCCCUCUAGCCAGCACAAGGCCGCUGGUGCCCGCAGUGUCGGCCACCAGUCCGCUUCCCUGUCGGUCUGGCGGUUCCAGAGCGGCACAGCGCCAGCACGGCUCCCCCGGCCAGUGUCGGACCCAUCGCACUCAAAACAGCCCAAGCAGCCGCCGCCAGUGCGGAAGGCCGAGAAAGCGGCUGAGCGACCUUCUGUUGGUGCAGUAGCGGCGCAGCAGGGUGGCCGUGUUGAGAGGGGGGAGGAGAGGGUGGAUGGGGAUUUGGUUGCUGAGGAAGCCGGAGGGCGUAGCAGCGGGUUUGUCGAGCAGACGAGUGGUGUAGAUGUGGGGGCCCCCUCGUUCCGCAUCGAUGCUCUUCCUGAUACUCUGCCGGAGGACACGGCAGCGGAGCGGUUCCAUUUGCAGGAGCUGAGACAGGAGCCCGCCAGGCGAGGGCUCCUACCGACAUCAGGGCUGCCGCAUCGCAGGAAAGGCCCUCCGCCUGACUUCCCUGAGCGGCAGAGUGCCCUUGAGAUGCUGGCCUACCUCAAGAGCCUUGAUGCGGUGACGCAGAAGGGACGGCCUGCUCCUGCUGCUGCCCCUACUGCUGGUCACCGUGCGAUUGGCGAUCGUCCGUCGAGGAGUUUGGCUCUGGCGGGUCUGGUGCCGGUGACGCGGGAAGGGUUGGUGGGCGGUGUGUCUGAGGGUGAGGGCGGCCCGAUGCCCCAGCGACGGGCACGGAUAUCAAAGAAGACCGCCGAGGCAUCUCUCGCAUACAGGUGGGCACUUUCCUACACAAGGGGCGGGGCGUCAAAGUGUGUGCCACUCGUCAUCCAUCGCCUUGUGUCAUCAGGUCUGACUACAGCCGUCGUGUAGAUGAGCGUGAGGGUCGCUUUGACGUGUCGGACUUCGGCACUUGGCACUUCGGAGAGACUCUCGCGGACAACCUGGCUGACAAGGCCAUCGAUGGUCAGUGGACUAGCCAAGUCACUUCACAUAUAGCCUCACAAGGUGCGGGCAUGUUUCCUUGUGCGGCUGUGUGGGGUGUGUGUGCUGCAGCGGUGUUGGCUGAGUUUGAGGAUCGCUUGCUGGACGCCUAUGUCGCCAAAUUCAUCGACGAAGAGGUGAAUGCGGCCACGAGUGUGACGAGUGUGCCGGGACUUCGGGCAGGCCCUGCGGACUCAGACCGGCUGAAUUAGACAAGACACUUAGACAGACAGACAGACCCUGCUCGCGUGACAUUUGUACUU